AGAGGAAGAGAGGCCCCAGUGAUCCAGGGGGCUCAGCAGAUGGUCCAACAAAAAAGAAAGUGGCCAGGGCGGCUGUUAAAUCUGAACGCCCGAAGGUCGUGAAGGAUGAAGCCUUCAGUGAUGAAGAAGAUGUCAGGGACUUUGCCAGCGACGUCAAGAAGGUGCACCAUUCAAAGCGAGAGGCCACCGUGGACAAAGGCAGCAGUGAAGACGAGGACAGUGAAGGCGACUGGGAAGAGGUCGAAGAACUUAACGAGCCCAUGCUCGGUGACGCGGGAGAAAGUGCAGCCCCCUCCCAGUCUGCUGUGCCUGUGAAGCCACUGGAGAUAGAGAUCGAAACGCCAGAGCAAGCCAGAACAAGAGAAAGAAGUGAGAAGAUAAAAAUGGAGUUUGAGGCACAUCUUCGGAGGAUGAUGAAGCGUUUCAAGAAAGGAGUCCAUGAGGACACCCACAAGGUUCACCUGCUGUGCCUGCUGGCAAACGGCUUCUAUCGGAAUAACAUCUGCUGCCAGCCAGACCUGCGUGCCAUCGGCCUCUCCAUCAUCCCAGCCCGCUUCACCAAAGUGCCCCCUCGAGAUGUGGACGUCCACUACCUCUCCAGCCUGGUCAAGUGGUUCAUCGGGACGUUCACGGUGAAUGCAGAGCUGUCAGCCAGCGAGGAGGACAGCCUGCAGACCACCCUGGGAAGGAGAUUCGCCAUUUACUCUGUGCGGGAUGACAGAGAGCUGGUCCACAUAUUUUUGCUGAUUCUCCGGGCUCUGCAGCUCCUGACCCGCCUGGUCUUGUCUCUACAGCCCAUUCCCUUGAAGUCAUCCACAGCAAAGGGAAAGAAAGCUUCCAAUAAAAGAGCCACGGAAGACCCUGGAGGCUCUCCAGAAACUUCCAGCCAAGUUUCAGAAAGUCACAGCAAAGCGAAGAUCAGUAAAGGAACCAAGGAAGAGAAAGCGUCUUCGGAGGGCACUGGCGAGCCAGCUGCCCGAGGGAAGAGGAGCAAGGCCGCAGCGGGGAGGAAGAAACGGAGCGGGCCUUCCUCGAGUUCGGAGGAGGAUGAGGGCCAGCAGGGCAGGCAGGAGGAGGAAGCCCUGAGGCGCCCGCGUGCCCGUGGCCGGCGGUUGGCGCCCAGGGUAUCUUACAAGGAGGAGAGUGGGAGUGACGAGGCCGGCAGCAGCUCGGACUUCGAGCCCUCCAGCGGGGAAGCCCACCCGCCCUCUGAUGAAGAUUCUGAACCCAGCCUCUCACGGCGGAGGAAAGCUCCCGCUUCUCAGAGAACAAAGGCUGGAGCCAAGAGUGACCCCAAGACCCCCGGUGGAGGCCGCCGGAAGCCCCCAGGCUCCCCAGCAGCGUGCCCCAGCUCUUCAAGCAGCAAGAAAGGCAAGAAAACUUCCAAAGACAGCGAGGAGGCAGAAAGCAAGAAGGCCGCCGGCGUGGACCAGUGGCUGGAGGUGUUCUGCGAGCGGGACGAGAAGUGGCUGUGUGUAGACUGUGUGCAUGGGGUGCUGGGCCAGCCUCUGACCUGCUACAGGUACGCCACCAAGCCCGUGACCUACGUGGUAGGGAUCGACAGCGACGGCUGGGUCCGAGAUGUCACACAGAGGUACGACCCGGCCUGGAUGACAGCCACCCGCAAGUGCCGGGUCGAUGCCGAAUGGUGGGCCGAAACCCUGAGGCCGUACCAGAGCCCGUUUGUGGAGAGAGAGAAGAAGGAAGACUUGGAGUUUCAGGCGAAGCACCUGGACCAGCCUUUGCCCACUGCCAUCGGCUUGUACAAGAACCACCCUCUGUACGCCCUGAAGCGGCAUCUCCUGAAGUACGAGGCCAUCUACCCCGAGACGGCCGCGAUCCUGGGAUACUGUCGUGGAGAAGCUGUCUACUCUAGGGACUGCGUGCACACCCUGCACUCCAAGGACACGUGGCUGAAGCAAGCAAGGGUGGUGCGGCUCGGAGAAGUGCCUUACAAGAUGGUGAAGGGCUUUUCCAACCGGGCGCGGAAGGCCCGCCUUGCCGAGCCCCAGCUGCAGGACCAUCAGGACCUGGCCCUGUUCGGCCACUGGCAGACGGAACAGUACCAGCCCCCCGUGGCCGUGGGCGGGAAGGUGCCGCGGAACGAGUUUGGGAACGUGUACCUCUUCCUGCCCAGCAUGAUGCCCGUCGGCUGCGUCCAGCUCAACCUGCCCAACCUGCAGCGCGUGGCCCGCAAGCUGGACAUCGACUGUGUGCAGGCCAUCACGGGCUUCGAUUUCCACGGAGGCUACUCCCACCCCGUAACCGACGGCUACAUCGUUUGCGAGGAGUUCCGAGACGUCCUCCUGGCCGCCUGGGAGAACGAGCAGGCGCUCAUUGAGAAGAAGGAGCAGCAGAAGAAAGAGAAGCGGGCUCUGGGGAACUGGAAGCUGCUGACCAAGGGGCUGCUCAUCAGGGAAAGGCUGAAGCUCCGCUACGGGACCAAGAGUGAGGUCGUAGCCCCACACACAGGAGGCGGACUCUCUUCUGAUGAAGAGGAGGGGACCAGCUCUCAAGCAGAAGCAGCCAGGAUUCUAGCUGCCUCCUGGCCUCAAAACCGAGAAGCCGAAGAGGAACAGAAGCCAAAGGGUCCCAGGAAGACAAAAAGGGAAAAGAAAGCUGCCGCUUCCCACCUGUUCCCUUUUGAGAAGCUGUGACGCCAGUGCCCCCUGGUGGUUAGACUGCACUUGGCUGGGCGCCUUCUGCCCAAGCUGCACUCAGACCUGGUGAGGCUAAUCUAUAGGUCGGGCCUGGCCUGGCCCAGCCCAGCCCAGCCCAGCCCCUGUCGGAUUCACCCAGGCAGGACCUGCAGAGCUUUUCGAGCUAGGGAACUCUUCCCAGGGAGACAUUUUCUGCCUCCUGGACCUGUUCUUCCCUUCUUGGGAAACGCCAGUUUUUUCGUAGACACCACUAGUAAGUGGAUGAUGGUGCGGUCAGGAAUGCACCAGCCCCGCCUUGUCUUCAUCUGUCAAACGCGUGCUCACCUCCUGCAGGUGUCAGGCUUCCUUGCAGGCCACGUUUACUAAGUAAUCAGGUGUACUAACACAGCCUCAGGCUGUCUCUACAGGGAGGGGCGCGGGCUGUCCCAGAUGACCAGCCCGUUGGGUCUGGUUUUUGAAGUGACGUUUUGUGGUGGCAGGAGAUGAGAACCAAGAGAG